AAUGGUAGUUGGAAUAUUCUUAUGGAGGGCUAUUUCGAGCUCAAUCUCAACAAGAAAAUUCGGGCCGCCAUGUUCCAAUCCAUACGUGUGAUCCGUAUAAUCAGCGAGGCCCAACUACUUUAAAAGUCCAACUCAAUACUUCGUGUGGGCUUUUGUUUCAAUUCGAGCCUAAAACCCUAUUAGACGAAUCCUCCUAAAACCUCCGGAAAGAAAGUGAGCUGCAGAGUCUCUUCUCAGUUCUCCCCCAUUUCUCCGGCAACAAACAAUGGCGAACCUUCUUUCCGAAGCUACCAAACGGGUCUUCACUCCGGAAACACUACGCUCCGCCGCCAAGCAAUCGGAGGGAUGCCUCGUGGUUUCCGUCCGCCUCCGCCGGGCAAUCAAAAGGUACCUCAAGGAGCUGGAGGAGCCGCACAUGAAGAAGAAAGUGCUGAGGCUGUCUCAGUCCUUCAGCGAAAUCAAGGACGCCAACUCCAUGCUUUCCGCCAAUACUUCCAAGGAGCUGGUCGAGGAUCCCUUCAAGUCGAUGGAGAGCUCCCAGCGGUGGAAAAUCAGGAGCGCUUAUGGAGACAUUGGGCUCACGUACUCGGAUAGCGAGACCGUCGCUUAUGUAGCUUCUCGAAUGCCCGCCGUUUUCUCUGCCUGCUUCCGCGUUCUCAACGAGGUAGGGAAAAGGUUGCCGGAUUUUUCUCCGGCGAAGGUGUUGGAUUUCGGUGCUGGGACUGGUUCAGCAUUCUGGGCUAUGAAAGAAGUGUGGCCAAAAUCAAUCAAGAAGGUAAAUUUAGUGGAACCGUCUCAAUCAAUGCAGCGUGCAGGCAGAAGCCUUAUCCAAGGAUUGAAGGAUUUACCACUUAUUCAUGGCUAUGAUAGCAUUCAGGGUCUAAGUAAAAAUCUCAAGAAGACUGAGAGAGAGCAUGACCUCGUGAUUGCUUCAUAUGUGCUUGGUGAGAUACCAUCGAUGAAAGAUCGAAUUACUAUAGUGCGCCAGCUUUGGGAUCUUACCCGAGAUGUCUUGGUUUUAAUUGAACCAGGCACACCACAUGGAUCUAACAUCAUAUCUCAGAUGCGAUCUCACAUACUUUGGAUGGAGAAAAGGAAACUCCGUAAAUCUCAAAAGAAAAGCAGUGAGACGUGCAGCGACUUGGUUCCCAUUAACAAUGGUGUUUUCAUUGUUGCCCCUUGUUCCCAUGAAGGGCGGUGCCCUUUGGAGAAAUCUGGAAAAUACUGUCAUUUUGUUCAGCGCUUGCAAAGAACAACCUCACAAAGGGUAUACAAGAGCUCAAAGGGUGGUGGACCAUUGCGCGGUUUCGAGGAUGAGAAGUUUUCUUUUGUUGCUUUCAGACGAGGACAAAGACCUCGGGACACUUGGCCGCUGUCUGGUGUGAAAUUAGAAAGUCUGAAAGAACAACGUGCAAACAGAAGUUCAGCAGAAGUUCUGGAAAUUGAUUAUGAUGAAUAUGCGGAGCAGCACGAAUACGAAGAAGAGGAUGACGACGACGUUGAUGAUGGGAAACACAAAGGAGCAGACCGCAUCAUUUAUGACUCUGAUUUCAGUGAAACUGACAGCAUUGAAGAUGAUAAUGAAGAAGGGCAGGAACAAGAAGAGAUGGUAAAAACAGACGCAGCAGAAACAAGUGAGGCAGACCUCGGGGGCGGUUGGGGAAGGAUCAUUUUCUCGCCGGUUCGAAGAGGCAAGCAUGUUACUCUGGAUGUCUGCAGAUCAGUGAACGAGGAGAGCACAGAGGGCUCAUAUGAACGCAUAGUCGUGACCAAGAGCAAGAACCCGACAUUGCAUCACCAAGCACGCAAAUCUCUGUGGGGUGAUCUCUGGCCCUUCUGACAAAUAGCUCCAAUUAAUUAACUAUUGUGUAUCUAAAGUUUUGAAACAGAAUGUAUGUUCCAUCCCAGAAUGCAACUAAGAACAACUUUUGUAUUGACACUCUUAUUGAUUAAUAAAGGGCAAAUACAAUAUAAUAUCCAUAACUAUUAUGGAUCGGGGAUUUAUAUCCUCAACUAUCAAUAUACAAAUUAAUAUCCAAUCGUUAAUUGUUCGUUAAUACCCGUUAGUAGGUCUUUCUGCAAUGCUGACCUGGCAAAAAAAAACUGAGGUGGAAUUGAGAACAUGGCAUCCCUGUGGAAUUGAUUAAGUUAAUAAUAACAUAAAACGUAAAAAAUAAAACAAAUAUUACCCCUCUCCUCCUCUCACAUCCAUUCACCCAAUUCUUAUCCUCAACCCCUUCUUCUUUCAUCUGUCCAUCUCCCCCUUCGUCUGCAAAGACACGAAGUCGUCGACGAGGAUCCACUCACCGUCCUGCAGGCGUGGCGGCGAGACUGCCAUUGCCUGAGUCGCCCCUACCUAAAAUCCAAUCCCUUUUCUUUCACCCAUCGGAAGUAACGAAACAAACCCUCAUCGUCAAUCCAAAUCCCCAAUCUUCGAUCCAGGUCUGGAGAGCUCAUCGUCGACAAGAAGCCACCACGGCCUCGGAGUACGCACCGGGGACUCCCCGGUAUGCGAUUCGGAGCUGCGCUCUGUGCAUCGGAGCUGGAGCGAGGUCGGUGAUAGUCAACGCCUUCUGCAGUCGACGGCAGUCGUAGUACCGUAGGUCGGGACCAAAUCCAGGUCAAUAGUCUUGUGACCGUUGACCGAAUCUAUGAAAUCGAGUCCAUUUUCUCUUCCAGAUCUAGGCUGCUCCUGAGUGGCGACUUUGAUGGAGAGGAUGGCGCAUGAGCUCUGCCAGUCGGAUCUGCUGCGGACGACGCCAGCGGGGCAGUUGACGGAGUCGUAGGAGAGGUCGAUGCAGUGGACGACGAGUGGUGUUGCCACGGCAGAGGGACGACUAGUCCCGAUUAACGAGGAGUUGAGAGACGACAGAGGCUGGAUAGGGCGGAGGAAGCUAGGUGACUGUGGAGGAAGAUAGGGGAAGAAGAAGAGGGAGACAGGGGAGGGCGGAGGAAGCCAGGGGACGGUGGAGGAAGAUAGGGGAAGAAGAAGAAGAGGGAGACAGGGGAGGGCGGAGGAAGCAAAGUGACGGUGGAGGAAGAUAGGGGAAAAAAGAGGGGAGAGUGGUUGAGUUUGUUUUUCAACUUUAAUUUUUUAAUUUUUUUAAUUUAAAAAUAAAAAUUAUAUAUUUAAUUAUUUGCUGAUGUGGACGCCAAUAUGGAUGCUGACAUGGCAGUCUCCGUUACAAAUUUAACGGUGGUAACAGACUGUUAGCCAUAUCUUUACCCGCAACUAUAGUUAUGGAUAUUAAUUUGUAUAUUAAUAGUUGAGGAUAUAAAUCCCCGAGCCAUAAUAGUUAUGGAUAUUAUAUUGUAUUUGCCCAUUAAUAAAUGAAAGAAUGAAUC